UUUGGAAUAAGAAGUAUUAGUUAGGUUAGGUUUGUUUCUUUUAUUUAUCAUUAUUUUUAAAUAAUUUUUUUUUGGAAUGCAUUUAAGUAGAUAAACAUUGUGAUAAGCCUAAUAUAAAUCAAUUUUCUUUCUGAAGAGGAACGGAAAAGCAGCUGGAUUAUGUGGUUUAUUAUUUAUUUUAAGGUAGAUUGCUGAAUGAUAAUUGAUUUUGUCACAUUUAUAUUUUUUUGAUACUUCAAAUUUUGUGACUGAUUUUACAAAAUAAAGAAAUUGGCAGUUUAGAAAACCAAAAUAAAACAAGCAUUAAUGAAAUAUCUAGUCCUACAUUUGUGAAGGUGAUAUUUGAAAAAUGAAAAAUUAUCUUUUUAUAGUAAUUAUUGGAUUUUUAUGUAUUUUGCAAAGUGUCAAAUCUAUUGAAAAAGAAUUAACAAUCUAUAUCGAAGCAGGUACUGAAUCAUGUUUUUAUCAACAAAUAAAAAGUGGAGAAGUUAUAGAUAUAGAUUAUCAAGUAAUUGAUGGUGGACAUGGAGAUUUGGAUAUUAAUUUCCGUUUAGUUGAUUCAACAGGAAGAAUUUUACUAACUGAUUUUAAAAGAUCAGAAAAUAACCACCGACAUGAUGCUACAAUGGAUGGAGACUAUAGAUUUUGUUUCGAUAACUCAUUUAGUUCUUAUAAUACAAAGACAGUGUUUUUUGAAUUAAUUAUAGAAGGAGAGGACAAUGGCCAAUGGCAAUUUGAUGAAAAUAUCAAUUUUGAAAAUAAUUCUCAAGAUUUAAUUGCCAAAGAUGUACAUAACAUUAUUAAUAAUGUAAGAAGUCACUUAACCAAAGCACGCAACAUUCAAGACUUAUUAAAAUCUACUGAAGCAAGAGACAGAAAUUUAGCUGAAGAAAACUUUUUCAAAGUAAAUACUUUCUCAUUCAUACAACUAUUGCUCAUGAUAGUUGUAGGUUUUAUUCAAGUUGUUAUGGUUAGAAGCCUUUUUGAUAAUCACUCUAGAGUGCAUAAAAUUUGGAAAAAGCUGGACAUUGCUUCAAGAUCAUUUUGAAAAUGAUCAAAUACCAUCAUAUUUAUUAAUAAUGCCAUAUAAAAUGUUACCAUAAAUUUUUCAAUUUUUUUUUUUAUUUAAUAAAAAGUUCUGUAUUGAAAAUGUUAUUAGUUUGUUUAUACACUGAGAUAGAAUAAAGUACCCAACCAGCACACUUUUCU